GAUCGCUUCCGGUUCAGUCUGAGGAUGGCGGCUCCGGUUGCAGGUUCUCCAGGCCGGCUGGUCCAGUACAUCGUGGUCCGUUCGGAUCUGGUCCACGAGCUGUCGUGGCCCCUUGGAGCCGUGAUCACGCAGGCCUGCCACGCCGCUACCGCCGCCGUCCACCUGCACUACGGAGACCCGGACACCCAGCGGUACCUGUCGGAGCUGGACUCCAUGCACAAGGUGGUGCUGGCGGCCCCGGAUGAAGCCGCCCUCUCCGGGCUCUCGGAGCGCCUCAGCCAGGCCGGUGUGGCCCACAAAGUGUGGGUGGAGCAGCCGGAGAACAUCCCGACCUGCCUGGCCCUGAAGCCCUGCUCCAAACACACCGUCCGGCCGCUGCUCAGCAACUUCAAACUGUUCAAGUGAAAAACGUUUCCUCCCACAGAGGACUGAUGUUUAUUUUUAUUUACACAACUUUUAUCAGGUUUCACAGUGAAAACAGCAAAAACCGCUGCUGCUGCUGUUAUUUACAAGAUUAAAAGCAAUGAUUCAAUUUAA